AUGGCAUUCGACAUUCCAGCGCAACAACAAGCCUUAGUUCUCUCCAAGGUCGGAGAACCGAUGACCCUCGAGGUACGACCUGUGCCCAAAGCGGGUCCUGGCAGUAUUGUCAUCCGCGUCCUAGCAGCAUCCGUCCGAGCCAAUACACCACAUGUUUACCGAAACCCGGAAAGUGGGCACCCUUUGCCUCUUCCAUUCGUGCCUGGUUUUAUGGCUAUUGGGAGGAUCAUCGAAGUUGGACCUGACGCAACGAAAUUGAAGCCCGGCCAACUGGUGAUUUUUAACCCUUAUAUUGUGGGCCGGGACAAUUCGGAUUCGCUCUACGUUUCUGGCCUCAUGGAGUGGUUCACUGAAGGUAGUAACAUUCUCUCGCGUGGGGAGUGGCGAGACUCAACCUAUGCGGAAUACGCCAAGUUACCACUUGAAAGCUGCCAUCCGCUCGACGAACAGCGUCUUCUCGGAGGCCUAAAGGAUGGGGGCUUAGGGUAUACACUAGAGGAUCUCACCCACCUCUUCAGUAUGCUUAUACCAUUCAGCGGGCUCACGGAAAUCGACAUCAAGGCCGGAGAUACCGUCAUUAUUGCCCCUGCCACAGGGCGGUAUGGCAGUGCUGCUGUUCACGCUGCCUUGGCUAUGGGAGCCUGUGUUAUCGCCAUUGGCCGGAAUGCCACUGUUCUUUCACAACUGAACACUAUCAGCCCGCGGCUCAAGACGGUACAAACCACGCAAGACAUUGGCAAGGAUACAAAUGCAUUGCGCUCUGCAGCUCCUGGGGGUGUGGAUGCAUUCUGGGAUAUGUCGCCAGCAGCAGCUGGGGCUUCAACACAUUUCCGCACUUGCCUAAAUGUUCUAAAGAGCGGGGCACGAAUAAGUCUUAUGGGAAGCGUUGUGUCUGGGUUCAGCUUUAGCUAUAUGGACAUACUGAUGGGUGGGUUCACUAUCAAAGGCUCACGAAUGUGUACCCAGGAGCAGACAAUGAGGCUUCUCAGACUAGUUGAGUUAGGUGUGUUGCAACUGGGAACAAAGGCAGGAAUGGGGCCUGUUAAAACUUUCCAGCUUGUGCAAUGGGAAGAGGCGCUGAAUGCAGCUGCUGAGAGAACUGAGCCUGGCGAGAUAGUUAUUACCCCUUAG